GACAGAGACCGGGUGAGGUGGAGAUCGAGUCCGGCAGAUACCGAGUGGCAGAGAGUCCGGUUUAGGCAGAGAUCGAGUCCGGCAGACACCGAGUGAGACAGAGAUCGGGUGAGACAGACCGAGUCUAGUAGAGACCGUGUCGGGAAGAGGCCGAAUGCGGCAGACAUCGAGUGAGACACAGACAGGCGUCACUCAGAGAUCUAGUCAGGCAGACACCGAGUGAGACAGAAACCGUGUGAGGCGUAGAUCGAGUCCGGUAGACACCGAUUGAGACACAGAUCAGGGGAGGUGGAGAUCGAAUCAACCAGAACCAGAGUGAGACAGGUUCACCUUGGCGGGACAAGAUCUCACUGGCAAUACUGGAGCUACAAGAGCGAGGAGAGAUCCAGAUGCUAUAUGACAAAUGGUGGAAAAAUCCUGGUGACACUUGUACACGCAAUGAAAAAGGCAAGGAGAGCAAAGCAAAUGCUUUGGGAGUGGACAACAUUGGUGGAGUAUUUGUUGUAUUACUGUGUGGCCUAGCUGUAGCAGUCAUUGUUGCCAUCUUUGAAUUCUGCUACAAUUCCAAACGCAACACACAGGCUGAAUUGAGGGCUGUCCCAGUACCACACCAAUCACUAUGUGCAGAAAUGACAGAGGAGCUGUGUUUUGCACUGAGAUGUCGGGGCUCACGCCAGCGUCCAGCACUCAAGAGACAGUGCUCAAAAUGCAUUCCUGGCACAACAUAUGUACCAGCAGCACUAGAACUGCCACCACAUCCUCCCAGUAAUGGACUUCGGUCACAGCGGGGGAGCUUGGGCGUUCCCAUCGAGCUUCCACCACACCUCCACCAUCUUCAUCCUGCAAUGGUGCAUCCUGAUUAUGAUGCCACCUAGCAGUCAACACCUGAACUAACAGAUCAGCCAGCUAUAUCAUCAGAGACCGAACUGUCAGUAUCCAAACAUUCAAGUCAGCCAACUGAAAUGUAGCAGUUAAUGAGUCAAAAUGUUCAUCUUUCUGUCAGCUCCUCACCUGAUCAAUUGAUGAGCAAGGUCUACAUGGAUAAUUUCAACUCAGAUAGGUCAAUUUUCAACAUACAAAGAAGACAGAAGCUAUAUCUAUUUUGACAGUGCCCAGACAUUGUUCAGUUGUAACUAGUUACAAACAUAAGCAGUUGUCAUAACUAUAGCAAAUUAUUUUCAUAGGAUAACAUUCCCAUAUGGAGGUAAUGGCUGAUGAUAUGGUAAUUAUGAAUUGUAAAUUAGUGAAGGCUUCAGUGGGAAUAAAGAAGUCUUAUCCCAGCACAUUUGAAGAGAUAAAAAACAUUAAUCAUAAGAUAUAUAGUAACCAGUAUUCCUGAAUGUUAGGUGGAUGUGUUAAACAUGAAAAAGUAACUUCAUUAUAGUGAAUCAUCAAUCCAUAAAUUUACAAUUUAGAUAAAAUGAUAUGAAUGUGAAAAUAUUGAUGUUAUUUGUGGAUUAAAAUCUCUUGAGUUGUUUGCUAAAUUGCUGAAACUCAGUUGCCAUCAUAGGAAAGAAAGAUUACCUAUCGCUUAUAUGGUGUGGAUGACUACAGUGAAUUUCCAUUGAUGCAAUGGGCAUUAUACAAAUAUUAACAAUAUUAGCAACACUAAGAGUAAAGGUAGUUCUUAUUGGGAUCACAUACAAGUAAUAACUGAGAAAGAUUGACUUAACUGUGCAUUAUGAAUUUCACUGUUGUGCCAGUUAUCUUUAUUUAGUUAAAGUACCUUUGAUUUUGUAAGAUCAAAAAUAUAAACUCUGAAGAAAUGGUGCAGUGAAUUUAACAGCAUUUAAAUGCAGCCACAAAGCUGUAAUUUCUCAAGUCUGAUGUAAAUAUUAUACUGUGGUUAUAUAAAAUGAUUUUCAUAAUAUAACCACCAACUACAAAGCCAUUAACAUCUACUUGUCUAUACCAUCUGACAAAGUAAAUUAAUAAGCUCAAGUUCAAGAUAUACAUUUCACAGAAAUCUUACCGAAAUUGACUUUUAACAAGGAAUGAUCACUAAAUUAAAGAGGUUUUACUUCAAAUGAUGAUGUUACUUUGCUGUGGAAUGAAUGCAGAAUUAAUUUAUGCCAUAAUGUGAUGAAAAUGUUAUUACUGUUGUAUAUAAUUUUAAGAGAAAUAUUCAUGAUAACUGACAGUUUUCAUACAUCAGUUCACAUUUUUUCAACAAAUACAUUAUGAAACUUUUCUAGAAACUGACAUUCUGCGUGCAUCCUGAGCUUGAUUGUGAAAAUAAAUGUGAUUGGUGGUUUGAGAUUUACAGUUUUUAUGUUAAAGCUGAGGACACUGGUCUGAAGUCACAGGAUUUGUACCUGUCCUUUACACUGCGUUUUUGAACUUCUGACUUGAGCUUACAUGUUGGUAAGUGAUAGAACAGUUAAUUGAAUAUGGAUUUUAAGGGUUCAUUAUAUAAUUUGAAAAAACAUUUUAUGCUGUAUCAUUCUAUAAUAUACUCUAGAUACAUCUUGCUAUUUUAGUCAGUUCUCAAACAAAGUAAAAUGUUUAUAUGUUAACUAAUUAAAUUUGAGAAGUAAAUGGAUACAUACUUUGUGAAAAAAACAGUGUUCAGUAAAUGUUCUCACCCUAACUGCAAGCAUGACAAGACUAUUUUCUUUGAUAAUUGUUCUUAUAAGGGACUGAUAUUACUGUCACAUGUCUAUGUACAUACAAACAUACUUGUAUUUGUGCAUUUGCACAUCAGUUGUCAAACACACCUACACGAUUUAAGGAAAUUGAUAGCAAUAUUUUGCCUUCUGUAGUUCCUGAAUUAUUGUGGCAAAUUAUUUUAAACAAGAGUAAAUAACUGGGAAUGUGCUUCAAGCAGUAUUAUCUCCAGUGUGAAUUUAAAUGUUAAUGUGCAAUAUAUGUGCCUAUCCAUUAUUUGUUUUAUCUGAAUUUACUAUAAAAUGUAUUUACCGGAAAAAAUUUCCUUGUGUUAUGUCUUGUAAUUUCUUGAAUAUGCAAAUUAUCUUGUUACAAGAAAUUAAAUAAAGGCUUUCUGUGUCUUUAGGGUUAGUCAUUCUUUCAUUUCAAUCACUCUGCAUUUUCUCUGUCUUGCUUCAUUGUGCAUGAUUAAAGAAUGUGUCAAUUGCUUCUACUCACAGCAAAGUUUCAAAAUGAAACCUCUGGUUCAGUCAGAAGCUAAAGUAUUUUGUAUAUAAAAAUUAGAGCAAGUACACCUAUUCUUAAAAAUUUACUUUAAAACUAAUGAUUCUACGUAGAAGAUUAACUGUCAUGAAUAAAGUUUCUUUCUGAAAAAUAUUGCUAACUGAAUUAGGUAGAGAAGUGCUAAAAUUAUAUAAGAUUCAACAUUCACCCAUAAGCAUUCUAGUGUUAUUUUAAUAUUAUAUGUUAGUAAAUAAAGAACAAAUUUUA